CGCUAGGCCUUCUUUAUCUAGAGUUCUCCUGCAACGUCCCCUUGCAGGUCCGCGGGGGUCUGCCUAAGUCCGCCCACUUCCAGAGAGGCGGGCCGGCGCCCCUUCGCCGCACGUCCUGCAGCUUGAAAUAGGGGGAGGGGCGACAGAGCGCCGGCUCUAGCGCUGGAGCGAGCGGUGGCGCAGGAGGGAGGCCAGCGGAUUGAUACGGGCAGGCGGGGUGGGCUGCCAAGGCGAAAAACGGUGCCUUUCUCCGCGAGACCGCCUGUUGCGCUCUAGACGGGCCCCGAGACUCUGCGAAGCGCGAGUCUCCAGAGCAGCCCCUUGGAGAGCUGUUCCAAAAUCUGCAAAAAUUCUUUGCUGCAAGGAAACCAGAGUGAUGUCAUCAGAGGAUGAUACUGGCGGGGAGGCUCCCAGUGGCAGUUUCUGGGAGCCUGGCAACUACAAGCGGACAGUGAAGCGGGUGGAUGAUGGAAACCGGCUGUGUAAUGACCUUGUCUCCUGCUUUCAAGAAAGAGCCAAAAUUGAGAAGAACUAUGCUCAGCAACUGACAGACUGGUCCCGCAAAUGGAGGACUGCUGUGGAAAAGGGUCCUCAGUAUGGCACUCUGGAAAAAGCCUGGCAUGCAUUCCUGACUGCAGCAGACAAACUUAGUGAGAUCCACCUAGAAGUACGCAACCACCUAGCUGGUGAAGACUCAGACAAGAUUAAGACCUGGCAAAAGGAAGCCUUCCAUAAGCAGAUGAUUGGUGGCUUCAAGGAGACAAAGGAAGCAGAGGAUGGCUUCCGCAAGGCCCAGAAGCCCUGGGUGAAAAAGUUGAAGGAUGUGGAAGCUUCAAAAAAGAAUUACCACAAUGCUCGGAAAGAUGAGAAGACUGCACAGACACGAGAGAAUCAUGCCAAAGCAGAUUCUGCUGUGUCACAGGAGCAGAUGCGUAAACUGCAGGAACGUGUAGAGAAAUGUGCACAAGAAGCAGAGAAGUGCAAGGAUCAAUAUGAGAAGAUGCUGGAGGAGCUGAACCGCUACAACCCUCGGUACAUGGAGGACAUGGAGCAGGUCUUUGAGGGCUGCCAGGAAGCAGAAUGCAAACGCCUGUGCUUCUUCAAAGAGAUGUUCUUGGAUCUGCACAAUCAUCUCAACCUGUCUACCAAUGACAGCUUCCAUGCACUUUAUCGGGAUUUGUACCAGGGAAUAAUGUCUGCAGAUGACCAAGAGGAUCUGAAGUGGUGGCGCAAUACCCAUGGACCAGGCAUGGCUAUGAACUGGCCACAGUUUGAGGAAUGGUCCCUGGAGACACAGCGGGCGAUCAGCAAAAAGGAGAAAAGUGGCAAAACGGGUGAAGAUGUGACUUUGACCAGCAUUGUACCUGCAGGUGAUGGUGUAAAGCAGACCCCUCCACCAACAAAGCAAAGGUUCUCAUACCAAGAGGAACAAAACAACCACUUCUAUGACACCCUGAGGGCUUCAGCCUGUGUGAAUGGAGGGAAGGAAGAAAUCUUAGAGUGGUCAGAUGAGGACACUCCCAAGAAGUGCCUGGAAGUCAAUGGGCAUGAGGAAGACAUAAAGGUACCAGGUGUGCGGGUGCGAGCACUAUAUGAUUACACAGGACAAGAGGCUGAUGAGCUGAGCUUUAAAGCAGGGGAAGAGCUCAUGAAGAUCAGUGAAGAGGAUGAACAAGGCUGGUGUAAAGGCCGGCUUCAGACCGGUCAGGUUGGACUGUAUCCUGCUAAUUAUGUUGAAAAGGUCAUUUUGUGAUCAUUUUCCCUCGCAACAGCCAGCUGAAGGUGUGUAUCCUGCGUGCAGAUUUCCUAGAGGUCACCAGGCCACUGGCCUCCAACUUGCAUCAAAAACUAUGUGCAACUUUCUGGACCCUUUUGAGGACUCUCUUUUCUUGUAACCAAUACAUUUUAAGCAUAUAGAAACAUGGUGAUCUUUUUUCUAAUAAAGAGAGAGAAAAUUUUUUGAA